UUUUUUGCCAUCCUAUCUUAGUACUGGGCAAAUUUUCUCAUUCGUUGGACAGACUUUUUCCACACAUUGUUCGUAUUGUGCUCCUUAAUGGAAUCUGAAACUCGACAGAAAAUUGAGGAAACGGUGCUGGAUAUACUGAAGAAUGCCAACAUUGAUGAAGCGACUGAGUUCACAAUCCGACUCGCGGCCUCGGAGCGGCUCGGGAUGGAUCUUUCUGACUUGGAACACAAGCUGCUUGUGAGAGGAAUUGUAGAGUCGUAUCUGCUCGCUAUCGCCGAGGAAGAAGGUGGAAGGUUCCCCGCAUCUGAGCUGAGUGCUCCACAAGAGACUAGAGAGGUGAUGCAGUAUGAGCAAGAGGCGAAGCCAAACAAGGAGGUUUUGGGGGACUCGGAGCGCAUAAUUUGCCAGCUAUCAAACAAAAGGAAUGUGGUGGUUCAUGAUUUCAGAGGGAAAAAGUUAGUCUCAAUCAGGGACUUUUAUCAAAAAGAUGGAAAACAGCUUCCUUCAGCUAAAGGGAUAAGUUUGCCGACUGAGCAAUGGUCUGCAUUCAAGAAAAGUGUCCCUGCUAUAGAGGAGGCUAUUACAAAGAUGGAAGCAAAGUUGAGACCCGACGUUCAUCAUAAGCAAAAUGGAGAUGUGCUGAACCCAAUUCAUGGUAAGCAAAAUGGAGAUGUGCUGAACCCAAUUCAUGGUAAGCAAAAUGAAGAUGUGCUGAACCCAAUGCAUGGUAAGCAAAAUGAAGAUGAGCUGAACCCAAUUCAUGAUAAGCAAAAUGAAGAUGUGCUGAACCCAAUUCUUGAUGCUGCUCCUCCUGAAUCUGUCCCUAUUGAAAUCAGCCGUUUUGAUGGGAAAAAUUACCAUUUCUGGGUUCAGCAGAUGGAAUCACUCUUGAAGCAACUAAAGAUUGCAUAUGUUCUCACUGAACUAUGCCCAAAUGCUACACCAGGACCACACUCAAGCGCUGUAGAAGUUGCUGAAGCCAGGGCGGCAGAAAAGAGGUGGGUGAAUGAUGAUUUCAUGUGCCGCCGCAACAUCUUGUGCUAUUUAUCUGAUCAUCUGUUUAAUCAGUAUGCAAAUAGAAAAAUGACUGCUAAAGAACUAUGGGAAGAAUUAAAACAAGUUUAUUUGUAUGAGGAAUUUGGAACAAAGAGAUCACAAGUGAAAAGAUACAUGGAAUUUGAAUUCGUUGAGGAAAAAUCCAUACUUGAGCAAGUCCAAGAAUUAAAUGCCAUUGCAGACUCUGUUGUCUCUGCUGGAAUGGUGAUCGACGAAAACUUUCACGUCAGUGUCCUCAUCUCCAAGCUUCCUCCAUCUUGGAAGGAUGUUUGCAUCAAGCUAAUGCGUGAGGAGUAUCUACCAUUUUGGAUGUUAAUGGAACGUUUGAGGACGGAGGAAGAAUCUCGUAAUCCAGUUAAACAAGGGGGCGAACCUUCCAGUAGUAACACAGGCUAUCAUGAGGCCAGAAAAUUGUUUCAAAGAGGUCCAGAUACGAGGCUUUCAAGCAUGUAUGGCCAGAGGAGUAGGCCAGACGUGAAUGUCAAGAGUACAAUCUGUUAUGUCUGUGGCAAGAAAGGGCAUCUUGCCAGAAACUGUUGGAGGAGAUUUGACAAUCAAACCCAAGAAAAAAGAACAGAAGAAAAUAGGCCCUCCACACCAGUAGUUUCACGGGUUAACAUGGUUGGUGUCACUGAGUAGAUACCACCGACAUGGUGCUUUUGAUUUCUGAGUAAUUAGAAAAAGAAUGGGUGAUUGGAAAGCAUGUGGUAGUGUUCUCUUACACACAGUUUUGUGAAAAAAAUUUUAACUGGAUUUGGCUGACAAAAAGUGCUGCCAAAUGGAUCAUGAAGUUCCUUGUAAUCAUGCGAGGUGGGUUCUGCGGAAUUUUGUCCUAUGAGAAGGUAUUUUUCGACGAAUACUUUGCUCCAGUGCGUAGGGUCUGAUCUGUAUAUAGACCUCAU